AUGGCCGGGCAAAAUCACGUCAUGUCACUUUUCCAUCAAAUUGUCGCGGAUAGCACGCGGACUGAAGAAGAAGUAGUCUUGCCGGGGAGAAAUGACGUUGCUUGCGGCUUUCCAUUCGAGGAGUUGGCGACACGCGAGGCUCGUCGCCAUAGUCUGUCAGUCUCCCAGAUUGCAUCGCUCGUUCAAUUCCAAGACUUGGAAUAUUGUAGCCACGUCAUAGAUGAGCUCAUCUGUUCAAUUUGCUUGUCUCCCAUGCUUACGCCGUUAUUGACCACAUGUGGACACACCUUUUGUUCGGAAUGCCUGCGUCGACACGUCACUGUCACAAACCAAUGUCCUCUCGAUAGACGGUCGAUCCGACCCAGGAAGGCUCGACGCCCACAAUCCAUGGUUGAUGCUCUUGAUCGCUUAACCGUAAUGUGUCCGAAUGCCAAUCAAGGAUGCUCUUCCAGCAUCAACCGAGAUCAGGUGGUUACCCAUAUUCUAAGAUGUGCCUACAAUGCCAGGGUAUCAAAAGAUAAUACACCAGACAAAGAUAUGUAA